GGCCGGCUCAGAAGCGCUGGGGCUGCGGGAGGGAAGAGGCGGCAGCGGCGGCGGCUCCUCGCGCGGGUCCCUCCAUGAGCAGGCGGUGCCGAGGCAGGGAGCGCCGGGGGCUGCCGCGGGACUCGGGCAGAGCAUUGGUUGUGGUGGAGCAGCAGUGAUCCCCAUCGCAGCCGGGACCCCGGGGAAGGGACAGCAUGCGGCCGGAGGAUGUCUGAGGCUGGCUGGAGCAGUUUUCAUACUACUCUGCUUUCUCCGAGCGUUGCCAGAGGAAUGAUUGCUGCGUGGGGUGCCUUCUUUUGCUUUUACCUGGUGGUGACUGUCAGCAGCCUCCCAGAAGCCAGGCUGCCCAUCUCGGACCUAGAAGACAGGAUCACUCGAAAACCAGCAGAACAUCUGGGGAGCGAAACUGCCUUUCUAGAGGAAUUGGUGUUUGGAAGUGGAGAUACCAUUGAACUUUCCUGUAACACCCAGGGCUCUUCUAUGUCAGUUUUCUGGUUCAAAGAUGGCAUUGGGAUUGCACCAACCAACAGAACUCAUAUUGGACAAAAACUGUUGAAGAUCAUUAAUGUGUCAUAUGACGACUCUGGGCUAUACAGUUGCAAGCCACGGCAUUCCAGUGAGGUUCUGGGUAACUUUACAGUCAGAGUAACAGAUUCUCCAUCAUCGGGUGAUGAUGAAGAUGAUGAUGAUGAGUCUGAAGACACAGGUGCUCCUUAUUGGACCCGUUCAGAAAGGAUGGAGAAGAAGCUGCUAGCUGUGCCGGCAGCAAAUACCGUUCGCUUCCGUUGCCCUGCAGCAGGCAACCCCACCCCAUCCAUAUACUGGCUGAAAAAUGGCAAAGAAUUCAAGGGAGAACACCGAAUUGGGGGCAUCAAAUUACGGCAUCAGCAGUGGAGCCUAGUGAUGGAGAGCGUGGUUCCGUCAGACCGAGGGAACUACACCUGCGUUGUAGAGAACAAAUAUGGCAGCAUUAGGCACACUUACCAGCUAGAUGUGUUAGAAAGGUCACCUCACCGGCCUAUCCUCCAGGCAGGACUGCCUGCCAACCAGACUGUUGUGGUAGGGAGUGAUGUCGAAUUCCACUGCAAGGUGUACAGUGAUGCCCAGCCUCACAUCCAGUGGCUGAAACACGUGGAAGUCAACGGCAGUAAAUAUGGAUCCAACGGGACUCCGUAUGUCACAGUGCUCAAGUCUUGGAUCAGUAAAAACGCUGAAGCCGAUGCUAACCUAAAUCUGUUCAAUGUGACAGAACAAGAUGAAGGAGAAUAUCUGUGUAGAGCCAACAAUUUCGUAGGCAUAGCCGAAAAACCAUUUUGGCUCCAUAUUCGCAAACCAAAACCAGAGCUAGUGGAGGUGGAUGAUUCUGGCUCCGUUUAUGCUGGCAUCCUCAGCUAUGGGACUGGCUUUGUGCUCUUCAUCCUGGUGGUUGUCAUCGUGAUUAUCUGUAGGAUGAAAAUGCCCAACAAAAAAGCCAUGAACACCCCCACUGUGCAGAAAGUCUCCAAAUUUCCUCUCAAGAGACAGGUAACAGUGUCAUUGGAGUCGAACUCUUCCAUGAAUUCCAAUACCCCGCUGGUCAGAAUCACCCGCCUCUCAUCCAGCGAUGGGCCAAUGCUGGCGAACGUCUCGGAGCUCGAACUGCCUGCUGAUCCCAAGUGGGAAUUAACGAGAUCUCGCCUGACUCUGGGGAAACCUCUGGGUGAAGGCUGUUUUGGUCAAGUGGUGAUGGCAGAAGCGAUUGGGAUCGAUAAGGACAAACCAAACAAGGCCAUCACUGUAGCUGUCAAGAUGUUAAAAGAUGACGCUACUGACAAGGAUCUUUCUGACCUGGUGUCCGAAAUGGAAAUGAUGAAGAUGAUUGGGAAACACAAAAAUAUCAUUAACCUCCUAGGCGCCUGCACGCAGGAUGGCCCACUUUAUGUUCUGGUAGAAUAUGCGUCAAAAGGGAACUUGCGGGAAUAUCUCAGGGCUCGUCGGCCGCCCGGCAUGGACUAUUCAUUCGAUACCUGCAAGCUGCCAGAAGAGCAGUUAACAUUUAAAGAUUUAGUCUCGUGCGCCUACCAGGUGGCCCGUGGCAUGGAAUAUUUGGCAUCUCGGAAAUGCAUUCAUCGAGACUUGGCAGCCAGGAACGUGUUAGUCACUGAAGACAAUGUGAUGAAAAUAGCCGAUUUUGGCCUAGCCAGAGAUGUUCACAACAUCGACUAUUACAAGAAAACAACCAAUGGUCGGCUGCCUGUGAAAUGGAUGGCUCCAGAGGCAUUGUUUGACCGGGUCUACACUCACCAGAGCGAUGUCUGGUCUUUUGGAGUGCUGCUAUGGGAGAUCUUUACGUUGGGUGGGUCUCCAUAUCCGGGAAUUCCAGUUGAGGAACUCUUCAAACUCUUAAAAGAAGGCCAUCGGAUGGACAAGCCAGCAAACUGCACUCAUGACCUGUACAUGAUCAUGAGGGAGUGCUGGCAUGCAGUCCCAUCGCAACGGCCAACCUUUAAGCAGCUAGUGGAAGACCUGGAUAGGGUCCUUACUGUAACAUCAACUGAUGAGUAUCUUGACCUCUCCGUGCCAUUCGAGCAGUAUUCCCCUGCCUGCCAGGAGACACAAAGCACCUGCUCUUCGGGAGACGAUUCUGUGUUUGCCCACGACCUUCUGCCAGAUGAGCCAUGUCUUCCCAAACACCAGCAGUGCAAUGGUGUCAUCAGGACAUGAUGACUCCAAAAACACAAACGGACCAUGGAAAAAAAACUCACGAAUGUAGGCUUGGAGGACGCCAAGGACAAACCGUAGUGAAGGAUCUUUGAAUGAAACUGCUUGGUAAUUCAAGAAGUUUUUUUGUUGUUGAGCCGUAGAAGGGUUGUGGGGGUUUGGGGUUAUUUUUUUUCCCCCAUUUUGCUGUAUAAAAAGUCAAAAAGCACUGUUUGGCCUGAAGGACCUAAUCUCUUGCCAAGAUGAUUAUUUUAUAUAUAUAUAUAUUUUCAAAAAAAAAAAAAAA